AUGCUGACCGUCGACUGGGAGAUUAUAGUCCUCAACACCUACACUCCGCGCGUUACUGCCAAGGUGGACGACUUUAUAGCGCAAAUCGCCAAGCAGGGCAUCGCCGACGCCACCGCGUGGACCAGCUACCUCUCCUUUGACAUCAUGGGCGACGUUGGGCUCGGCAAGGACUUUGCGGGCGUGGCCUCGGGGCGGGAGCACCCGGCCAUCAAGGCCAUCCACGACCACAUGACGGUUCUCAGCAUCGGCGGCCAUGUGCCAUGGCUGCUCAAUCUUGCCUCGCGCAUCCCCGGCUGCACGGCCGGGUAUGCUCCCUUUUUCAACUGGUGCGCUGCUGAGCUCCAGGCCAAGCAAAAGACAUGGAAAUCCGACAAGCAGCCAACAGACAUAGUUUCCUGGCUCAUCAAGGCCCAAGACGAAAACGAUCCCACGGCCCCGCCGUCGCAAGCCGCACUGCACGAAGACUCGCGCGUCAUCAUCGUGGCGGGCAGCGAGACGACAGCAACGACACUGGCCGCCAUCGUCUUUUACCUAGCCACGCAGCCGCGCGUGUACCGCAAGCUCCAGGAGUACGUCGACGCGGUCAUGCCCCCCUCAUCACUCGGCGGCAACAAUAGCAACUGGACCUAUGAAAAGGCCAAGUCCAUCACCUAUAUUGACGACAUCAUCCACGAGACCCUACGCCUCAAACCCGCCCUGCUGGCCGGCAGCUACCGCGUGACGCCGCCCGAGGGCCUACAGAUCGACGAGGUCCACGUACCGGGGGACACGACCGUCUUUGUGCCCACGCAACAAAUCCAGACGGACACGCGGUACUGGGCCCCCCGGGCGGCCGAGUUUGUGCCCGAACGGUUCAGCCAACAACAAGAAGAGGACCACGCCCCCUCCACCUCCGCCUCCGCCGCCACGGACACGACGACGAUUGAGGGCAGUAGCGGCCCUUUUCUACCCUUUACCCUCGGAAUGCAUGCGUGCCCGGGAAAAAACUUGGCCCUUAUGUCAUUGCGCAUCUCUGUCUCCAAGAUUGCCCAAAACUUUGACCUGUCCCUCGCGCCGGGUGAGGACGGCAAACAUUUUGACAAUGCCGCCUUGGAGACUUUCACGACUACUCUGCCACCGCUGCGAGUCCAGUUUUCAAAGAGAGUAUAG